UUCAAUUACAAACAUCAUCAUGAAACAAGUCAUAUUGGCACUCGCUCUCUUUGGCUUCGCCGCUUGCGCUCGCCUUGACAGCAAAUAUCUUCCACCAAAUCAAGGGGGCGGCGGCGGCGCCCAGUACAACGGACCUACACCCUUCCAAGGACAAGGCCACCAGGGACAACAAGGACAGCAAGGACAAUACUCUGGUUCCACCCAAGGACAACAAGGUCAAUACUCAGGCUCCAGCCAAGGCCAACAAGGACAAUACUCAGGCUCCAGCCAAGGCCAACAAGGACAAUACUCAGGCUCCAGUCAAGGCCAACAAGGACAAUACUCAGGCUCCAGCCAAGGACAACAAGGACAAUACUCAGGCUCCAGCCAAGGACAAUACUCUGCUCAGCAAGGCGGUCACCAAGCAGGACAAUACUCUGCCUCCAACCAAGUCCCAAUCCUCCGCCUUGAGAACAACAACAACGGAGAUGGCACCUACAACUACGCCGUAGAGACCGGUGAUGGUAUCAACAUCCAAGAAGAAGGAGACGCCAGAGGAGACGGCACCAAAGCUCAUGGUGGAUUCUCUUACACCGCCCCAGACGGCCAACAGAUCCAGAUCCAAUAUACCGCCGAUGAAAACGGUUUCCAACCCCAAGGGGAACACUUGCCAACUCCACCACCAAUCCCAGAAGAGAUCCAGAGGGCUAUCGAACAGAAUUUGGCUGAUGAGGCUAAUGGUAUCGUAGAUGAUGGACAGUACAGGGACGACUCCGGUCCUAGCCAGAAAUAUGGCGCCCCAUCCGGCGGACAGGGUCAGUACAAUGCCCCAGCCGCUUCACAGAACCAAUACAACGCAGCCGCUUCUGGAGGAAGCCAAGGAGGAUACAAAUACUAG